AUGUAUCACCUCCUCAAAGGCAUGCACGAAUACUUGACGAGGAAAGAAGAGUUUUCAGUUAUUAUCAUUGGCCUUGACGGUGCAGGCAAAACGACUCUGCUGGAGAAGAUCAAGACUCUGUACAAUGAGACUCCUGGACUUGACCCGUCUAAGAUCGGGCCUACUGUGGGGCAGAAUACGGGCAAGAUAUCACUCCCGUCAAGUAUCUUGAACUUCUUCGACCUCGGAGGACAACGCGGUAUUCGAUCUAUCUGGCAUAGAUACUACGAUGACUGUCACGCCGUAGUAUACGUUAUCGACGCGCAAGACCGAGAGAGACUUGGUGAGGGCUGGGAAGUCUUUGACUCAGUCCUCUCCUCGCCCCAGAUCCUCAACAUCCCCCUCCUCCUCCUAGCCAACAAACAAGACUCACCCGAAAGUCUCUCAGCAACAGAGAUCAGACAGGACUACGAAGAAUGGGAUCAGAGGAGGAGGGAGAGCGCGAGGAGACGGUUUGGCGAGGAUGAGGAUGCGGAGAUGGAGAGGAAGCGGCAGAGGAUUGCAAGUUUGGAUGUUUUAGGUGUUUCGGGGCUUGAUGGGGCUGGCGUUCGGGAGGCUGUAGAUUGGCUGUUCUUGAGAGUGCAAAAUAGUAGACGGUGUGUGCAUUGCUGA